AGGGACCCGGAAGUUGUUACGAGCUCGACAGAGACGCUGGGGUCUGAGUUGUCUGCGAUUGUUUUUCUUCGGAGACGCGGCUGUCUGAGUUGUCUGGGGUUGUUUUGCCACGUUCGCUCGUCCUGCCGGCGCCGCCGCUGCCACCGACGCCAUGGGGAAGCGACAGCACCAGAAAGACAAGAUGUACAUCACCUGCGCAGAAUACACUCACUUCUAUGGUGGCAAGAAACCAGAUAUCCCACAAACAAAUUUUCGCCGCUUACCUUUUGACCACUGCAGUCUCUCUCUGCAGCCCUUCGCCUACCCGGUCUGCACCCCUGAAGGCGUCGUCUUUGACUUGCUAAACAUCGUUCCUUGGCUGAAGAAGUACGGGACCAACCCCAGCAACGGAGAGAAACUGGAUGGGAGGUCGCUGAUCAAACUGAACUUUGCAAAGAACAGUGAAGGGAAGUACCACUGCCCGGUGCUCUUCACUGUGUUCACCAACAACAGUCACAUCGUGGCCAUCAAGACCACUGGCAACGUCUACGCCCACGAGGCAGUGGAGCAGCUAAACAUCAAGGCCAAGAACUUCCGAGACCUGCUGACCGACGAGCCUUUCUCCCGGCAGGAUAUCAUCACCCUCCAGGACCCCACCAAUUUGGACAAAUUCAAUGUCUCCAACUUCUUCCAUGUGAAGAAUAACAUGAAAAUAGUAGACCCAGAUGAAGAAAAGGCCAAGCAGGACCCAUCUUAUUAUUUGAAAAACACAAACACGGAGACCCGAGAGACGCUGCAGGAGCUCUACAAGGCAUUCCAAGGGGACGAGGUGCUGGCGGCUACCAUGAGGGUCCCUGAGAAGGCGAAGGUGGACAAGCUCAAUGCAGCCCACUACUCCACCGGGAAGGUCAGCGCCUCCUUCACCUCCACUGCAAUGGUUCCCGAGACCACGCAUGAAGCAGCUGCCAUCGAUGAGGAUGUAUUGCGCUACCAGUUCGUGAAGAAGAAGGGCUAUGUGCGGCUGCACACCAGCCACGGGGACCUCAACCUGGAGCUUCACUGUGACCUGACACCAAAAACUUGUGAGAAUUUCAUCAAGCUCUGCAAGAAGCAGUAUUAUGAUGGCACGGUCUUCCACAGGUCCAUCCGGAAUUUUGUGAUCCAGGGGGGUGACCCCACAGGCACAGGCACAGGCGGGGAGUCCUACUGGGGAAAGCCCUUCAAAGACGAGUUCCGGCCCAACCUCUCACACACAGGCCGAGGGAUCCUCAGCAUGGCCAACUCGGGGCCCAACACCAACAAGUCUCAGUUCUUUAUUACCUUCCGCUCCUGCGCAUACCUGGACAAGAAGCACACCAUCUUUGGGCGGGUCGUUGGGGGCUUUGACACACUGACAGCCAUGGAGAAUGUGGAGAGCGACCCCAAAACCGACCGCCCCAAGGAGGAGAUUCGCAUUGACUCCACCACAGUGUUUGUGGAUCCCUACGAGGAGGCUGACGCUCAGAUUGCCGAGGAGCGGAAGAAGACGCAGCUGGAGGCAGAGGCCCCAGAGAGCACAGCCAAGCCGAGCCAGCCCAAGCAGGGGAGCCAGGGUCCCCAGACGUACCGCCAGGGGGUGGGCAAGUACAUCAGCCCAGCGGUCGCGAAACGGGUAGCAGAGGAAGAAGCAUCAACCAGUGCAGCUGCCCCAGGGGCCAAGAAGAGGCCUAGCCGAGGCUUCGGGGACUUCAGCUCAUGGUAACAACGGGCCUGCAGCUUGGGAUCCUGAUCUUCAUAAAGCCUGGCCAUCCUGCUCCCUUCAUUCUGCAGCCUUCUGACCUGACACCACUACCUCAAUUUUCCAGAAGUACCUGCAGGAGCUCGGGGACAGCUGCCUCCUCCCAGGACCCCAUCUCUCUCUGCUGUGAGGCCCACAGGCACUGCCACCCCUUACCUGCUCCCAGUGCCCGUGUCCUAGGCCAGCACGGCUGCCACCCCCCAUUUCUCUCCUUCCCUCCUCGUCCCAAAGCUCACAGGAGUAGGUCAUGACAGCUCUUACUUCUAGAAUGUACCAGGCCUCUUCCCAUCUCACUUGCCUUCUUUGAGCCUGGCGUGUACCUCCACACUGUUAACAGCAUCUUCCCCACUCGGGUAGGCCCCCACCCAUCACUCAGCUGGGGACCUGCGUUCCACAGUGACCACCCCACCUCCCCUCCCAGCUACAAAUUGAUAAUGCACAUGCGUGAGGCUUACGCACGGUUCUGCAUCAGAACUG